GCCGGGCGGGCUGCAGGCGCUCUUGGUCCGCGCCGGCCCCGAGCCGCCCCAGCGCCAGCGCCAGCCCCACGGCACGGACCCCCCGCCCCUGCCAGGCCGAGCCGCCCCUGCCGGGAGCCGGAGGUCGCGCCCCCGAGGGCGCCCUCUCCCCAUGAGCCGCCCGCUGGACCCCCGCAGCCCCGCCGCGCUCCUGCUGCCCCCCGCGGCGGCCGCCCCCCGCCGCGCGCCCCCGGCCAAGCGCCUCCUGCUGCAGGACGCCCCCGCCCCCGCCGCCGCCGAGGACGCCCCCCCUGCCGCCAAGGGCGCCCGCCUCUCCCUGGAGUGCUCCGGCGCGGCGGCGCCCCCCCCGGACUGCCUCAGCGCGCCCGCCUCGCCCUGCGCCCCGCUCGGGACCCCCAGGAGCAGUGGGGGCGGCGGCGGCGGAGGCGCGCAGGGGGGCCCCAGCCUGGUGUCCGGCUACCUGCUGCUGCCUCUGCCCGAGCGGGAGCACGUCUGGCUGGCGCUCGACAUCCACGCCGGCCGCGAGCUGCGCUGCAAGGUCUUCCCUCUGAAACACUACCAGGACAAAAUCCGGCCUUACAUCCAACUCCCCUCGCACAGAAACAUCACCGGUAUCGUGGAAGUGAUCCUCGGGGACACCAAAGCGUACGUCUUCUUUGACAAGGACUUUGGCGACAUGCAUUCCUACCUCCGCAGCUGCAAGCGUCUGCCGGAGCAGCAGGCUGCACGGCUCUUCAAGCAGAUCGUCUCGGCGGUGGCCCACUGCCACCAGUCGGCCAUCGUGUUGGGGGACCUGAAGCUCAGGAAGUUCGUCUUUUCCAGCGAAGAAAGGACGCAGCUGAGGCUGGAAAGUUUGGAAGAUACCCACAUCAUCAAAGGAGAGGACGAUGCCUUGUCGGAUAAACAUGGCUGCCCGGCCUAUGUCAGUCCGGAGAUCCUAAACACAACUGGGACCUAUUCCGGCAAAUCCGCCGACGUUUGGAGUUUAGGAGUAAUGCUGUACACCCUUUUGGUGGGACGCUAUCCCUUUCACGACUCGGACCCUAGUGCCCUGUUUUCAAAAAUCCGCCGCGGACAAUUCUGCAUCCCUGAACACGUCUCUCCAAAAGCUCGGUGUCUCAUCCGCAGCCUGCUGAGACGAGACCCCUCCGAAAGACUCUCUGCUCCGGAAAUUUUGCUCCAUCCUUGGUUCGAUGCUGUUCUGGAGUCCGGCUAUGUCGACCAGGACACGGGGGCCUUUGAUCAGAUCGUUCCGGAGAACUCUAGAGUGGAUGACGAUAUCAGUUCCUUUUUCUGCUAGCCCUGAUUGUGCCCGUGUCGAAGAAGAACGUGGUAUCCCCCCCGUACAGCCUUUUCCGUGUGUCCUGUUUAAUGUCGUUUUCCAUGUUGUAAAUGCAUAGCGUUCCAAAAUCUGAUUGUGGUGAGGACAGUGGCAGGGAUUUUAAGCACAUUUUCUCCAAAGUCCCUUUCCCCCCCCUAGCUCUGGGAAAACAUGCCCAGCCCAUAGUUGCACCUGGUCUAAUUUAGGCUGUUUCCCAUUGACCUACAUGGUACUGCUGAUAGCCGGACCUCUUAGCCUAUAAUUCUGGACAAUUUGCUGUGGACUUUAAUGAGAGAACAUGCAGAGAGAACAUACAGCAAGCACUUUGAAGACUACAGUCUUUGACAGAUUCCUUUUUUAAAAAAGCAAGACGCAAUGCCACCUGGAUGUUCCUUGCUCCCAGGGUGUGUGUAUUCAGAUCCACACAGUGUUGCUUCGCCGGCAGCUUUAUGCUGCUGUGGAAACUGGAGGAGAAGGCUGGUUGGAUUCUCAAAUGUCUCGUUCGUUAUAAAAUGACAGGACCGGCGGCUGGCUUUUGGUUACAGGAGCUUCUUGCCAGUGAUGUAAGAGAGAAUGUGCAGCCACAAUUCUUGCCUUUUUCCAGUGCCAGUCCGAGCCACAUGCCGGUUGCCAGACUGAAAGUUAAUAGGAUUAUCCCUGCAAAAAGCCGGCAUCACUGGUUUCAAAACCGGAUCUCCAGAUGGGAAUAGGGUCCAGCAGACUGAACUUCUGAAAUUGCUGCUUCAGGAGCAAGCACUGGGCGAUCUACGUGAAAUCAAUUAAAUUUUUUUUAAAAAAACCUUCCUGGUAGGCCCUUUCCCCAUACCCUAAUUUGCUAAUCCAGAGCACUAGAACUCUGGAAUUAUCCCUUGGUCCGUAACUGGUAAAUGUCAGCUUUCUUUCAUCAUGCUAAUUUUGAUAUUCUAAUGGCUUAAAUCCAAGGGUUUACAGUUCAGCUGAGUAGGGACUAGAGCUGGUUGCUAAGUCUGGUUGCAACGAGUGGGGUUUUUAAAAGGGCUUGCGUUUGCAGACUCAGGUUUCAGUGAGUUGGCAGCUGGGCAAUUUACAUAGCAAAUUCAGUUGAUUUUGCACCGAGAGUUAUUUGACUGUCCUGGUGAUAUCGCAGUUGGAGAAAGGCUUUCAGGAUUGGUCAGAGGCAGAGCGGGCACGGGUUCCCAACCUCCUGGAUCGCGUGCAUCCAGGCCCCAAGAUUCUAGCCACAAACUUCAGUUCUGAAUUUCACAAAGAUAAGCAAGAGAGAAGACCAGAUUCCAAGAUCCUCAAUUAAGGAUUUCU